CCCCUACUCCCCCGCCCUGGGCCCCGGGGAAACCCCGGCCGAGAAGAGUCCGCCCCCAGAAGCGCGCCGCCGCCGGCCGUCGGGGCCGAGCCGCAGCCGAGCGGCCGUGAGCCCGGGCGGCGGGCGGAAACGCGGGCGCCCUCCCCGCUACGGCCCGCGUGAGUGAUGGGAGUGGAGAAGAGAGGACAGGAGCUGAGAAGAUCAAGUGGAUCCAGGAGAUGGUGCCAGAGUUUGGAAAUUGGCUAAAUAUGAGAGACUUGUUACUUAUAUGUGACGCCAUUCCAGCACUGGACUCAUGGAGGCUGAACAUUUAUUCAGGCUCCCACUCCCUGAGGAAUUUCUACACCGGGGUGUCCCAGCCCGGCCGCGAGGAGUCCCCCUUCAUCUCUGUCGGCUAUGUGGAUGACACGCAGUUCGUGCGGUUCGACAGCGACGCCCCGAAUCCGAGGAUGGAGCCGCGGAUGCCAUGGGUGGAGCAGGAGGGGCCGGAGUAUUGGGAUCGGAACUCGCGGAUCUACAAGCACCACGCACAGACUUUCCGAGUGAACCUGAACACCCUGCGCGGCUACUACAACCAGAGCGAGGCCGAACCUCUUCAGCCCACCGUUCUCAUGGCAUCAUUGUUGGCCUGGUUCUCUUGGUGGUCACUGGAGCUGUGGUGGCUGGAGCUGUGAUCUGGAGGAAGAAGCACUCAGGCAGCGGCAGUGCCCAGGGCUGUGAUGUUAUCUUUCACCAGUCCUAAAGCGCUGU